AGGCAGGCCAAGCUGCAAGACCUCGAGGCGCGUCUCGCCGCCCUGGAGGGCACUGCAGGAGGUGACGAUGGCGUCCUCCCUUCCCGGAAGACCGGUGAAGAUGCGCAGAUCAUGAAGCAGGUGGCCACCUGCUUGCAAGAUUUCGAGUCGCAGUGCAAACCGAUUUCGAUAAGAAGCUCAGCCACGUCAGUCGUGGUGCUGCAGCAACGAAACGUUGAUGGUGCAGGUGGUGCUGCAGGCUUGGACACGAUGGCUGAGGAUCUGGAUCAGUUGACAUACGACGUCGGCGAGCUGAAGGACCUGCUAGGUCGAUGA